GAGACUAUAUAAACAGACAUAGCUUCGUGCCCCAUAACCACAGGAGUGCCUUUACACAUUCACCAUCCAACUACCUCGAAGUUUGAAGAAGUUUGUUUAAUUGCAGUAAAAAUGGCUUCAAGACCUAAGGGCUACGGCAUGACUGCUGAAUUACAGAAAAAGAAAGAUGCAAAAUUUGAUCCAGCAUUAGAAAGGGAGGCUUUGGCCUUCGUUGAAAGCAAGACAGGGAGAAAGGUUUCUGGCAAUGUUGCAGAUGGUUUAAAGGAUGGUGUUACUUUGUGCCAUUUGGCAAAUGCUCUCAAACCUGGAUCUGUUAAGAAAAUUAAUGAAUCAAAAAUGGCCUUCAAAAUGAUGGAAAACAUUGGCAACUUUCUGUCUGCUGUUGAGACACUGGGUGUUGCUAAGAACGAUUUAUUCCAAACUGUUGACUUGUAUGAAGCUCAAAACAUACCACAGGUCAUCAAUGGCAUCUUAGCAAUCAAACGAAAGGUUACUGGAGGUGAAUCCGCAAAGAAUGUCCGACACUUUACUGACGAACAGCUGAAAGCUGGUCAAAAUGUAAUUGGGCUGCAAAUGGGGACAAACAAGGGAGCAUCACAAAAGGGGAUGACAGCACCAGGUGCUACAAGGCAAAUCCGUCAUGAAGAUAACAUGGAUCGAAGUUAAUUUUCAAGACUAACAUGAACUUCACUGAUUUGAUUAGUUGUAAAUGCAAGCUUGAUGUAAAUGAAUAAAAAUGACACUUUCUUUUA